AUGGAUCCCGCUCAACUCGAGCAGAUUCAACUUCACAACCUCAACUCGAGUCCCAGCUCCUCCCCUACCUCGCCCCACGGAGAUGCGGUUGUCCAUUUCGGAGACGCGCCAAAGGCCUCAGAGCCUCCUCGCAGUGACGCGCACCAUGUCGAUGUAUCCUAUUUCGACCCUUCUGGCGUGAACGAACUACGGCGAACGAUGUCUCAGAUGUCUUCCAGCAGGAAGUCCAACCACGGUCAUUCAGCUCUGCCACAGGAUGUUAAGAAAAACCGUACCUCUGACGACGCUUCAGACCUCACGCUAACACCUGGCGAUGGUCCAUUCGAUUUCGAGAAGACUCUCAAGCACGUCGUGCGGAGGAUCGACGAGUCUGACAUCAAGCGGAGAGAGCUCGGCGUUGUGUUCGAGGGUCUGCGAGUGGUAGGCCAAGCCGCCUCCUCGUCCUUCCAGCCCACACUCGGCUCGGAGAUGAACCCCUUCAAGAUCGUCGAAAUCAUCAGGAAUAUCCGCCAUCCUGCUGUGCGCGACAUUCUCAGUGGCUUUGAAGGAUGUGUUCGACCGGGGGAAAUGCUGCUCGUCCUCGGGCGUCCCGGUGCGGGAUGUAGCUCCCUGUUGCGCACACUCGCCAAUCAGCGCAGUGAUUUCCACGCGGUGCUGGGCGAUGUGCGGUACGACUGUUUCACGCCGGAGGAGAUCCACAAGCGCUACCGCGGCGACGUGCAGUACAGCCCUGAAGACGACGUGCAUUUCCCGACGCUCACGGUGAAACAGACACUCGACUUUGCCGCCAAGUUGCGCACGCCUCACUCGCGCCUCGGCGAGAGCCGCGAGGAGUACAUCGAGGCGGUGACAAACGUGGUGACUACAAUUUUCGGCCUGCGGCACGUCAAGGACACCCUCGUAGGUGACGCGAGCGUCCGCGGUGUCAGUGGUGGAGAGAAGAAGCGUGUCUCGAUCAGUGAGGUCAUGGCGUCAAGGAGUCUGCUGACGUCCUGGGACAAUUCGACUCGUGGUCUUGACGCAUCUACCGCCCUUGAGUUCGUGCGGGCGCUCCGUCUCGCUACCGACAUCGGCCGCUCGUCCACUAUCGUCUCCAUCUACCAGGCAGGCGAGUCGCUCUACACGCUGUUCGACAAGGUGUGCGUCAUCUAUGAAGGCAAGAUGGCAUACUUCGGCCCGGCCGACCGCGCGCGCGAGUACUUCAUCAACCUCGGCUUCGAACCUGCCAACCGACAGACGACCGCGGACUUUGUCGUCGCCGUGACAGAUCCGAACGGGCGCAUUGUGCGCGAAGGAUACGAGGCGCGCGCCCCGCGUACGGCGGACGAGUUCGCGCAGCGUUUCCUGGAGAGCGAGAUGGGCGCACGGAACCGUGCGGACAUCGAGGCGUACAAGGAGGAAUCUGCGCGCACCCCCGAGAAGGCUCUCGAGUACCGGGAAAGCCAUCGCGCGGAGCACGCGAAGACAACGCCGCCCAGCAGCUCCUUCAUCACCUCGAUCCCGAUGCAGGCACGUGCGUUGAUGCUGCGGCGCAUCCAGAUCAUCCAGGGUGCUAAAGGUGCGCAGAUCAUGCAGACGGGUUCGUUCAUUCUGCAGGCGGUUAUUGUUGGUACGAUUUUCUUGCGCCUUGAGGACUCGACUGCGGCCUAUUUCUCUCGCGGCGGUGUGCUUUUCUUCGCGCUCUUGUUUGCGGCACUGUCCACUAUGUCCGAAAUCCCGGCGCUCUUUGUGCAACGUCCUAUCGUCCUGAGGCAAUCUCGCGCGGCGAUGUACCGUCCCUUUGUCGAUUCGCUCGCACUCACGCUUGUCGACAUGCCUAUGACUGGAGUGACGCUCAUUUUCUUCUCUAUCGUACUGUACUUCACGGUUGGGCUGCAGCAAUCUGCCGGACAAUUUUUCAUUUUCCUACUAUUUGUAUAUAGCAUGACACUCACCAUGAAGGCUUGGUUCCGAGGGCUCGCGGCUGCGUUCCAGAAUGCGGCUCCUGCUCAGGCUGUUGCUGGUGUUUCUGUACUGAUUCUGACGCUCUACACCGGUUACAACAUCCCGCAGCCAUACAUGAUCGGAGCACUUCGAUGGAUCACGUAUAUCAAUCCACUCAAAUAUGGUUUCGAGGCCAUGGUGCUCAAUGAAUUCCAUACCCUGGACGGAGCUUGCGCCAGUCUCAUACCUCAAGGGCCUGGCUAUGAGAACAUCACGCUCGCGAAUCAGGUUUGCACGACGGUCGGCUCCCUACCGGGACAGGCUUUCGUCAACGGUAUGCGAUAUGUUAACCUGUCGUUCGAGUACUACUACAAGGACCUGUGGCGCAAUUUCGGCAUCGUCGUUGCAUUCGGAAUUGGCUUCAUCUGUGCAUAUCUGGCUGCCACCGAGAUCAACACUUCCUCGUCGGGCCAGUCCUCUGUCACGCUCUUCAAGCGUGGCUCCAAGCCGAUCCGCCCCAGCGCGAUUGCUGUGGACGAGGAGAGGCGCUCGGGUAGUGACAGUUCCACGGUUCAGAAAGACGGUCAAGACCAGGAUGAGGCACGGAAAGCGAUGGCCGAGGCGUCUUCCCCCAAGAACACGUUCUCCUUCCAGAAUCUGACUUACGUCGUCCCGGUCAAGGAUGGCCAGAGGAAGCUACUGGAUGGUGUUUCCGGAUACGUCGCUCCCGGCAAGUUGACCGCUUUGAUGGGCGAGUCCGGCGCCGGCAAGACCACGCUUCUCAACGUUCUGUCCGAGCGAACCGCGGGUGGAGUUGUUACGGGCGACCGGUUGAUGAAUGGUCAGCGCUUGCCUGUCGAUUUCCGCGCUCAGACCGGUUACGUUCAACAGAUGGACACCCAUUUGCCGACGGCCACCGUGAGGGAAGCACUAUUGUUCUCUGCUAAACUACGCCAGCCAGCCUCAGUGUCUCUCGCCGAGAAGGAAGCGUACGUCGACAAAUGUCUCCGCAUGUGCGGUUUGGAGGAAUACGCGGAAGCUAUCGUCGGUUCCUUGAGCGUUGAACAUCGAAAGCGGACUACGAUUGGUGUUGAGCUGGUCGCUAAGCCUUCGUUGAUCUUCCUUGAUGAGCCUACGUCUGGACUUGACUCUCAGAGCGCGUGGGCUAUCGUAUGUUUCCUGCGCACCCUGGCAGACAGCGGCCAGUCUAUUGUUUGCACGAUUCACCAGCCUUCUGCGGAGCUUUUCGAACAAUUCGACCGCCUUUUGCUUCUCCGCAAGGGUGGGCAGAUUGUCUACUUCGGCGACCUUGGUCACAAGUCAAUGACGCUCAUCAACUACUUUCAAUCAAACGGCGCGAGGACGUGCGAUGAUUCGGAGAAUCCUGCCGAGUACAUCUUGGACGUCAUCGGCGCUGGUGCUACUGCAUCGACAGAUGUUGACUGGCAUCAAAUGUGGGAUAAGUCGCAGAAUGCGGUUAACUUGGUGUCGGAACUGGAUGCCAUCCAUGCUGAAGGGCGACAGCGUCCAAAGACCGAGGCUGCACAGGCAAGCGAAUUUGCGACCUCGUGGGGAUAUCAGCUCGUCGCCUUGCUUCAACGCAACUUCGAAGCCUUGUGGCGCAAUCCUCCGUACCUGAUCGCUAAGCUCGGUGUUAACAUUGCUGCUGGGCUCCUAAUCGGCUUCACCUUCUUCAAGGCGAAAGACAGUAUCCAGGGUACACAGAACAAGCUUUUCGCGAUCUUCAUGUCCACCAUUAUCAGUGUCCCUCUGUCUAACCAGCUCCAAGUGCCGUUCCUCGACACUCGGGCGAUUUACGAGAUUCGAGAGCGCCACAGCAACAUGUACAGUUGGACGGCGCUGAUCACGUCCCAGCUUCUCGUCGAGAUUCCCUGGAACAUUUUUGGAUCUUCGCUGUAUUUCAUUUGCUGGUAUUGGACAGUCGGUUUCCCGAGUGAUCGCGGCGGAUUCACCUACUUCAUGCUUGGUGUAUUGUCCCCGCUUUACUACACUAGUAUUGGUCAAGCUGUUGCGGCCAUGUGCCCCAAUGCAGAAAUCGCGGCCUUACUGUUCAGCUUCCUCUUCUCUUUCGUGCUCUCAUUCAAUGGUGUUCUUCAGCCCUUCAGAUUGCUCGGCUGGUGGCGAUGGAUGUAUCGUCUAUCCCCGUACACCUACCUGAUCGAGGCGCUCCUCGGGCAAGCGAUCGGGCAUAGCAAGAUCACCUGCGCAGCGGUUGAGCUCGUCAACCUCGAUCCCCCUUCUGGCCAGACUUGCCAGCAAUAUCUUGGACCGUUCAUCGAGACAUCUGGUGGCUAUCUCACUAACGGGGAGGCGACCAGCAACUGUGAAUACUGCGCAUACAGCACCACGGAUGCGUUCCUGGAGGAGAGCUUCAACAUCGUCUAUGCGCAUCACUGGCGCGACUUCGGCAUCUUCUGUGCAUUCAUCAUCUUCAACAUCGUGUGUGUGUAUCUUUUGACGUACCUGUUCCGUAUCCGCACAGGAAGUCUCGCCGGGAGUCUUAUUGGAUGGUUCAAGCGAUUCGUUGCGCGUCGACGUUCAUGAGGUAUCGUUAUGAACAAUCUCCAAGCAAUAUUCAGAUUAGAUAUACUAGACUCUCCAUCUCACGACUGAUGCACUACAUUCAUUCUCUCCUCCAUGAUAUAAUGCUUAGACCAUCUCAUUCUCCUUCGUAGAUCGCAUGUAAUACAUCCAGCAUCGUCCGAAUAACAGUUACCCGUUGGUUAUGCA